GCACGGUGCGUGCUCACGUCGCUGCGUCGCGUCCCCACCCCCCGCCCCGGUAACCGGGGAAGUGGCGGCGGCGGCUGCGGGGUGAGGGUACAUUGGGGACAUCAUGAAUUGGAAUAAAGGUGGACCUGGUACGAAGAGAGGCUUUGGGUUUGGAGGGUUUGCCAUAACGCCUGGCAAGAAGGAGGAGCCCAAGCUGUCCCAGCAGUCGCACAGCGCUUUCGGCACCGCCGGCUCCUCGGCAGCGUUCGCCAAGUCGGGGCCCCCUCAGCUGCCUUCCUUCUACAAGAUCGGCUCCAAGAGGGCCAAUUUUGAUGAGGAGAACGCGUACUUUGAGGAUGAAGAGGAGGAUUCCAGCAAUGUGGAAUUGCCCUACAUUCCUGCAGAGAAUUCCCCCACUCGGCAGCAGUUCCAUUCCAAGUCAGCAGAUUCUGACAGCGAUGAUGAUCCUCUGGAGGCAUUCAUGGCAGAAGUGGAGGAUCAAGCUGCUCGAGACAUGAAGAGACUUGAAGAUAAAGACAAAGAAAAGAAGAACGUUAAGGGUAUUCGAGAUGACAUUGAAGAGGAAGAUGACCAAGAAGCGUAUUUCCGCUACAUGGCUGAGAACCCCACUGCUGGCGUGGUGCAGGAGGAGGAGGAGGAUACCCUGGAGUAUGACAGCGAUGGGAACCCGAUUGCACCGUCCAAAAAAAUCAUUGAUCCUCUUCCACCCAUUGACCAUUCCGAGAUUGAAUACCCACCGUUUGAGAAAAAUUUCUACGAUGAGCACGAGGAGAUCACCAGCCUGACCCCGCAGCAAGUGGUGGAGUUACGGCAUAAGCUGAACCUCCGGGUCUCCGGGGCUGCUCCUCCAAGGCCUGGCAGUAGUUUUGCUCAUUUUGGGUUUGAUGAGCAACUUAUGCAUCAGAUUAGGAAAUCUGAGUAUACCCAACCCACUCCUAUACAAUGUCAGGGUGUUCCAGUGGCACUGAGUGGCAGAGACAUGAUUGGGAUAGCCAAGACUGGGAGUGGGAAAACAGCUGCCUUCAUCUGGCCAAUGCUGAUCCACAUCAUGGAUCAGAAGGAGCUUGAGCCAGGGGAUGGUCCCAUUGCAGUGAUCGUCUGCCCAACCAGGGAACUCUGCCAGCAGAUCCACUCGGAGUGCAAGCGCUUUGGCAAGGCCUAUAACCUGCGCUCCGUGGCCGUGUACGGAGGGGGCAGCAUGUGGGAGCAGGCCAAGGCCCUGCAGGAGGGGGCAGAGAUCGUGGUCUGCACACCAGGUCGUCUGAUUGAUCAUGUGAAAAAGAAAGCUACAAACCUGCAGAGAGUCACUUACCUUGUGUUUGAUGAAGCUGACAGAAUGUUUGACAUGGGGUUUGAAUAUCAGGUCAGAUCAAUCGCGAGCCACGUCCGUCCUGACAGGCAGACCCUCUUGUUCAGUGCCACGUUCCGUAAGAAGAUUGAGAAAUUGGCCCGGGAUAUUCUGAUCGACCCAAUCCGGGUUGUGCAAGGAGACAUCGGAGAGGCAAACGAAGAUGUCACUCAGAUUGUGGAGAUUUUCCCCUCUGGGCCCAGCAAGUGGAACUGGCUGACGCGGCGCCUGGUGGAGUUCACCUCCUCUGGGAGUGUCCUGCUCUUUGUCACCAAGAAAGCCAACGCAGAGGAGCUGGCCAAUAACCUCAAGCAGGAGGAUCAUAACCUGGGGCUGCUUCAUGGGGACAUGGACCAGAGUGAGAGGAAUAAAGUCAUUUCGGAAUUUAAGAAAAAGGGGAUCCCCAUCCUGGUAGCUACUGAUGUGGCAGCUCGAGGCUUGGAUAUCCCUUCCAUCAAGACUGUCAUCAACUACGACGUGGCUCGGGACAUCGACACCCACACGCACCGGAUCGGCCGCACCGGCCGCGCGGGCGAGAAGGGGGUGGCCUACACCCUGCUGACCCCCAAGGACAGCAACUUCGCUGGGGACCUCGUCAGGAACCUGGAGGGUGCCAACCAGCACGUCUCCAAAGAGCUGCUGGAUUUGGCAAUGCAGAAUCCGUGGUUCCGGAAAUCCCGUUUCAAAGGAGGGAAGGGCAAGAAGCUGAACAUUGGUGGUGGCGGCUUGGGCUACCGUGAGCGGCCCGGGCUGGGCUCAGAAAAUACUGACCGUGGAAACAACAACAGUGUGAUGAGCAACUACGAGGCCUACAAGCCAUCCACAGGGGCCAUGGGGGACAGGCUGACAGCAAUGAAAGCAGCUUUCCAGUCCCAGUACAAGAGUCACUUUGUUGCUGCAAGUUUAAAUAACCAAAAGACUGGGAGCUCUGCCGCUGGUGCCAGCGGCUGGACCAGCGCCGGGAGCCUGAACUCGGUCCCCACGAGUUCAGCGCAGCAGAACGCGGCCGGUGCCGAGAGCCCCGCGGCAGCCACGGCGGCGGCCAAGGGAGUCCCGGGCUUCAGCAGCACGGGCACCCUGAGCAGCGUGCCCGCCUUCCCCAGCGCCGGCGCCCAGGGCUUCGCCGGCACCAACGCCAGCACCGGCGCCAGAGAGAGCGGCGGCGCUGGGGGCCCCGGCAGGGAGCGGUACAGCGACAGCCGGAACAGCCGGCACGGCGAGGCCCCGCGCCGCGGGGAGGGCGGCGGCCAGCGCUUCGGCAACGACGGCCAGCGCUUCGGCAACGACGGCCAGCGCUUCGGCAACGACGGCCAGCGCUUUAACAGUGAUGGCCAACGCUUUAACAGCGAUGGCCAGCGUUAUGGCAACGAUGGCCAGCGCUUCAGCAACGAUGGCCAGCGGUUCAAUAAUGACGGCCAGCGCUUCAGCAGUGAUGGCCAGCGCUUCAGCAACGACGGCCAGCGUUAUGGCAACGAUGGCCAACGCUUUAACAGCGAUGGCCAACGCUAUGGCAACGAUGGCCAGCGCUUUAACAGUGAUGGCCAGCGUUAUGGCAAUGAUGGUCAACGCUACGGCAAUGAUGGUCAACGCUACAACAACAGCAACGAUGGUCAACGCUAUGGCAACGAUGGCCAGCGUUACAGCAAUGAUGGCCAACGUUACAACAACAGCAACGAUGGCCAGCGUUAUACCAACGAUGGCCAACGCUACGGCAAUGAUGGCCAACGUUACAACAACGAAGGCCAGCGUUACACCGAUGGCCAGCGCCACGGCGAAGGCGGUGGCCGGCACGGUGACCCCUCCCGGCACAGCGAGGGCCGCCACGGCGACGUCCAUCGCCACGGCGAGGGCCGGCACUUCACCGACCUGCCGGGCAGCGGCAACCGCAACAACGGUGACGGCAGGGCCAGCGAGAGCAGGAACGGGGAGAACAGGAAGGAGGCCAACAGCCGAGACAACAAGACAGAUGGGUUUGCUGUCCCAGAGCCCCCAAAACGGAAGAAAAGCCGGUGGGACAGUUAAAAGCUGGCGGUUCACAGCCUGGAAUCUCUGCAGGUAGUGCUGUCUUUUUCCAGAGGAUUUCUUGGGGUUUUUGGUAACUGGUUGUUGAGCAGCUGGGGCAGGAGAAGGAAACCAUGAGAACCUCCAGGCAAGUUCAUCAGCGGACAGAUUCACCCGAACGAAGUGCACACAACGCUCAGUGAAAGAAAUAAUUUUGAUAAAGCUCUCUGGGUUCUGCUUUGAAACAUUCAGUGCUCGAGUGGCUCUGCUGGAUUUACAGAUCUUCUUGACAAAAAGAAGCUGUUCGACAUCCUUCAAACGUUAAGAAACUGUUGUCCAUAGAAGUAUAAAUUAGUCUUUUCUUAACCAGCGUUCACAUUUCCAGACCAGUCCAGUCCACCUAGAGAUGCUCAGGACCUGCCUGUUAGACAUUAAUCUUGCAGCAGUUUGGUCAGUACGGUGAGUUCUUCCCCCAUCUCCUUUUCACAUAUUCUCCUCAAAUAAUUUGGUCUCUCUCCCCAUCAGAUGAGAAUGUAUCAAUUUGCUUUGCUGAAGGUGGGGCAGAGCAAGUUGGUUUUUGGUUGGGUUUUUUUUUUAUGGGUGUGUGUGUGGAGCUGUUCAAGGGAUCCUUCUCCAUCCCAGCAAACCACAAAUUCACUUGUAGUGUAGGCUGGACUCCCUGGCUUGUUUGUGGUCAGUACUUUAAUUCCAAUCCCAUUGCCCAGAUUUUUUUUUUCUCUCUAAGAACAUCCUGUUUUCUAAUGUCCCUCAUUCUGGUGGAAGCCUGCAUAGCAAACCUGUGUCUCUGCUGUGCCUAUGCACCCUCUGUUCUGAGAGGGUUGAGUGCUAUCUUCAAACUAGAAACAAAAAAGGGAAAACUGUGUAGAUACACCACAACAAUCAGAGGCUGGAGCCCCCCUGGACGUGUGGCUAAAGGAAAAAGAUUCAGAAAUUCAGGGAUCUCUUGCUCAGAAGCCUUUAGGGAGAACCCAGAAAACAAUUAAUGAAAAGAAACAGCUCAAAUCUGGCCCUGUUUUGGACACAUGUAGUAAAUCUGUAAAAUCUUGCUUGCCCGUUUUUAACUCGUGUGUACUCCCAUUUUUUAACUUCCUCUUUUUUUGUCACAAGGUAGGGAAGAACUUUUCAGUUGGGACGAGUCAGCACCCACCGCUGGCUCGCUUCCACUGGAAGAUGUACCAGAAGCUGUCAGGGUUUUGUGACAUUGUGAUGUUUUCUUUAUCAGCUGUGCAUUUACUUUCUGCUUGCUCUAGUAAAUGUUUUAUUACUGGUACAAAAAUAUGCAGCAUGUACUUUUUAUUCUCCACUUCUUUUUCUGCCCUGGUGUGCAAAUGGAGAACUGACUGACUGGA